ACAUCGAUUUUGUCACAAGCAGUGGUAAUGUAAAACUGAAUGUAACCGCUUCAGAAUUAUUGGAUAAAUUGUUAGAUAAUACAAAAAUGACAGUUGUAUUAACUCACGGCUUUAUGGAGAGUUCCGAAGGGAUAAUGGCAAAAGCUCUGACGUCAGAGCUUUUAAAGAAAAAAGAUAUGGACGUAUUGGUAUUAGAUGGACGAAAUAUUAUAUCAUACGAGUAUUUCCGGUCGACGACAUAUGUAAGAUUUAUUGGUGAAAAAUUGGGAUCGGUAUUAAGUCAAAUAAUAAAAAAGGGUCAAGACGCAAACAACAUAAUAAUAAUUGGACAUAGCCUUGGAGCGCAUAUAGCUGGAAUUGCUGGCAAAAGAAUACAACAGUUGACUGGUAAAGCUAUUGGCCGUAUCAUAGCUUUGGAUCCUGCAGGACCAUGUUUUAUUAACAUCAAUCGGGAUUACCGUCUGGACAAGGAUGACGCGGUAUACGUUGAUGUGAUACAUACCAACGGUGGUAUAUUAGGACUUAAAGAGCCUGUAGGUCACAAAGAUUUCUAUCCUAACGGUGGAUCAUCACAGCCGGGCUGUUUUCUAUCAACCUGUGAUCACAGCAGAGCUUGGGAAUUAUUUGCGGAAUCUCUUAGAUUCCCUCAACAUUUUUUGGCUCAUAGGUGUAGUAAUUGGACAAUGUUUCGAGAAGGACAUUGUUCAAAAAAUGAUUUAGCCUACAUGGGAAUUAAUUCAACGAAAGGCAGUCCUGGAUCUUAUUUCCUUACGACUAAUUCUAUAUCACCAUUUGGCAUCGGUUCUUCGGGUACUAGAUAA